GCGGCCCAUAUGUUUAUCUGUCAAACGUGCAAACUUUUGACGUUUAGUUGUCAAAUAUAAAGUGUUAAUUUAAGGUGUAAAAUCAAUUAAACGGAAGUGUUUUUUAAUAAAAAUUUCAUUUUAAAGAGUUAAGACAAAAUGCCGGUACCAAAUACCGACGAAGGAGACCAGGGGUGUUCAAAAAAGGUCACAGUGGAGCCCCGUAAAGACGACCCCGAACCUAAUGACCCCACAGUAAAUUGCAUCAUCAUUGAUGACCCACAGACCACCGAACUGGAUUUAAAUCAUGGUCGCAUUGACAAACUUCAAAAUUUGGAGCCAUUGGUGUGCAUUGAGAGGCUCUAUUUGAGGUGGAAUUUGAUUAGUAAAAUUGAGAAUUUAAGUACUUUGGUUACCUUGAAGGAAUUGGAGCUUUAUGAUAAUCAGAUUACAAAAAUCGAGAAUUUGGGGGCACUUGUCAAUUUGGAGAUUUUGGAUUUAUCUUUCAACAGGAUCAAAGAUAUUGAGGGUUUGGAAAAUUUGGUGAAGUUGGAACGAUUGUUUUUGUCAUCGAACAAAAUAUCAAAAAUACAGAAUUUAAACCAUUUAAAAACGUUAAAAUUGCUUGAACUUGGCGACAACAAGUUAAAGGAAAUUGAAAACAUUGACCAACUGACCAAUUUGGAAUACUUAUAUUUGGGCAAGAACAAAAUAUCCAAAAUAAAAAACCUGGACUCCCUCAAAAAACUAACAUGUAUAAGCUUGCAAAGCAACAGAUUGACAGAAAUAAACAACCUCAAUGCAUUGACAGAGCUAAACGAAAUAUAUCUUUCUGAAAAUGGCAUCAUAAAAAUGGAAAAUUUAGAGAAUGCAAAGCUGGAAACGCUGGAUCUGGCCCAAAAUAAAAUCGAAAAAAUCGAGAACAUCGCGCAUUUGGAAAAGCUAAAAGAGUUGUGGUUAAACGACAACAAAAUAUCUGAUUGGACGUCGGUCGAAAACAUCGCGCAAAACAAAAACCUGGAAACGGUAUAUCUGGAAAGAAACCCUGUGGCUGAAGAUGUUAUGUAUCGCAGAAAAUUGAAAAUUAUAAACGACCAUUUAACUCAAAUCGACGCUACUUUAUGCCAUUGAAGAAAUAAAUGAGUAUUAUUCAAGUUAAUUAAUCCUAAGAACACCACCCCAAUAUUUUGCACUUUUUUAUUUUGUUGGUAUAACUUAAAUCAGGAGUUUUUUUAAUGUUUUAAGGUCGUUUAUGUCAUAUUUUGACAGUUGUGACCUUGAUGCUUAAAACUGGCAUAAUUUGGUCGACUUUGAUGGGAUAAAUAAAUAAUAUUUUUUCUACUAAAUUUUUCCAUUAAACUUAAAUGAUUAAAGUAUUUGUUGUUACUUAAUUAAUAUAGAAGUAGUUGCAAUACAAUAAGACUGUAAAAUAAAACCAUUAAUUUUU